UAACAAUCGCCAACCAACUUAAAUCAUCAUGUGUAUAGCAGUGGCAAUUAUCCAGUCACUUCGCAUAAUGAUUUAUUUAUGUACUUGUGCUUUAAGUUUUGCAAUGUUUGUCCCGAUGUCAAUCAGUAUGUAUAUGACCGGUGGUGAAUGUAUGCUGUUUUGCUCCAAGCCAGGGAAAACCAUCCACUAUGGCGAACAAAUGUACUGUUACUUCGUAGUGGCAAGUUCUAUCUUCUUUGGCAUGAUUAUCAGUGUGGUGUUUAUGAUCAGCGGAUGUGUUUCGCUUUGUGGAAACCGAAAUAUUACGAAAAAUGCGUCUGGCUCCUGUUUCCGUCUCAAUGUCCUGAUGGACGGACUCUCCUUUACAUUCUUAACAGGAUGUGCUGGUCUCAUGUCGCAUGGGUUUCUCGAGACAUGUGGAAGACUGGGAGGGGAUCCGAAGAAAUGUGAAACUGCUACUGUUAAGGACCGUUUUGGAGAAAAUUAUGAGUUCUUCCAUCAUGUCAACAUAGCCAUGCUAGCUUCAUGGGCUUCUCUAAUACUGUGGAUGGCUCAGCUUUUGCUUGGCGCAAUCGUAGUGCUUUGUGCAAAGACACCUGAACCAAAGGGGCCGCUUCACGUACCGUUGCAAAUGCCGAUGCAAGUACCGAUGCAAAUGCCGAUGCAAGUACCGAUGCAAAUGCCGAUGCAAGUACCGAUGCAAGUACCAAUGCAAGUACCAAUGCAAGUACCGAUUCAAGGACGGGUUUAGUGAACGGGGGCGAUUCGUCCUCGGGUCCUCGUUUUGAGGUGGUUUGCAGAACUCUUCUUAACAUUGCUGCUCUUUAUACUAUACCGAGGGAAAGAAAUAAAGGAACACUUGUAUUUGAGAUUUGAGACCAAAUAUAAAUCACUACUAGAGUAAUUAUGUUUAUGUAUAUGUAUACAUAUGUGUGUGUGUAUGUGUGUGUGUGUGUGUGUGUGUGUGUGUGUGUGUGUGUGUGUGUGUGUGUGUGUGUGUGUGUAUGUAUGUGUG